CAAUACAAUCGGGAGAUAAUGGGAAGUGAUUGCAAAUAAAUUGAUAAGAUGAAUCAAUUUCUACGGUUUAGCUAUUAUAGUUUUUAGUUUAUUAAGUUUCGUGAUUUUGUUUAUCUACAAUGUAAAGUGAAGUAGUGGCUUAAUCCUAUAAAAUGAAUGUUACCGGGCCCCUUGAUCUGAUUAGAGCAGAAAGAUGGAACACCUCAUCGAUAGACUUCGGCGAAAUAACAAUGGACAGAAACUUUGCCCUGCUCCUUGUCUCACUGAUAUCUGCCAUACUUUGGAUUGUAUAUAUAACAUACUACAACAGCAGAGUUUUAGGAUAUAUCCUAACGAGAUUGAUUAAUAAAUUCUAUUUUCAAGAUGAGAAUUUCAAAAUUGGUUCAUUUACCCUAAAUGCUCUCUCAGGCAAAAUAAUGUUUCGUGAUAUUGUGUAUAUAAACUACGACUAUACCCUACGUGUUCAAGAUGGCUAUCUCAUAUUUAGAUGGUGGCGCUCGUAUGUCCCGAAAGAUGUUUCCGAAGAUUUAUCACAUUCCGAUACUCGUCUCUCUAUAAUGCUUAACGGUUUUGAGUUACACUUCUAUAACCGAUGUGAUCUCUACAACGAACUUGAAAAAACCUUCGGUCUCGAACCAGUUAUAAAGCAACAGCACGACGACGAUGAUUCCACAGAUCGCGAUAGAGCUAUGAACGAUGCUAACGAGAAAAGGGAAAGAGCUCAGGACACAGUGAGAUCGGAAGCGGCCAUGGCUCGGACGUGGCGAGAUUUGAUACCAGUCAUAAAAAUCGAUAUCUGUACAGGUCGAGUUGUGUUUGGAAAUCGCUUAGUCCCAACCACCCUAUCGAUAAGCGUCGAGGAAUCCCAUCUAAUGUACAGUACAAAACCCCCAGCGUCGAGCCUAGACCACUUAAUGCAUUUCGUUAAAGCUAAAGCCGAGAAUUGUAAAGUCAUAUUAGCGCCUAGUCCAAACUAUACUUCCAUGGUCGACGAGCCGCCGCGAUACAUGGGCGAGGGCUUCGUUGUUAUGAGCUCGAACUACAUCGAAGUUUAUUUUUAUAUGGACGAACCAGGCUUGGUUCCGGAGCAGCCGGUGCUGCUUCAAUUGGCCAACGGCGACAUAGUCGAGUCGGCCCCGCCCAUAUGGGGUGUCGAUAUCAAGUGUGGCAAAGGAACAGACUUCAGCUACGGCCCGUGGGCUGACCGGCAACGAGAUCAUCUGUUCAGAUUCUUUUUUCCGCCUAAUUACAAAAAUUUGGAAGUCACUCCCCAACCUAAACCCGGCGACCGCCGUCAGAUGCAGUCAUUCGACAUAAGACUGUCGACGUUGAAUGAAGCCACAAUCGACAUACUCUUCACGAAAAAUAAGGAAACGAACGCCGUCCAUAUAAAUAUCGGAGCCGGAUCAUAUUUAGAGGUGACCCUGCCUUGGAUCGUCCUUCAAGACGGGUAUACAACUAAAAUUACAGGGCAACUACUUCAUUUGGAGGCUACAACCAGCUUGCAGUACAGAAGUCUAGCGGAGAGUGAGACACUCGAGUACACGGUGAAGUGCCACUACCCCUUGGUUUGGAAUCAUCACCAAUGUUGGCAACUCUCUUUGACGGGAUGUAAAGCGACCGCCCACUUUGUAUACACACACAUAGAUUUCUUUCAGGAUCUGACGAACGACUGGGCUAGCAAAGCUCGUCCCGAUAUUUUACAUUUUGUUCCGUACACUUGGAAAAUAUCAAUACUUUUAAAAGAGUGUGAGGUGGUCACUCUUAGCAACCAGUACAACUGGAUAGAUUGCAGCUCGACCAACCAAGAAAACAACCACGUUGCCUUCUGCGGAGACUUGCUCGAUGUGUCCUUUGAUUUGCCAUUCGUAGAUUUCCUCCCCGAUAUAAUUCCUCUUAAAAUAUGGGUUCAAGGCGAGGCCGUAGAUAUGAGCCUCUAUUUGCCAGAAGUCAAUACUUCCAGGCUUCUGCUUUUAUCUAUUGACAAGAAUAUGAAACUAGUACCUUGUAGAUUGAAGUCAUCGAAGUGGCGCAGAAAAUGCGUGAAAAGUCAAGGAUGGGUGGACUGUUGGUCGGUCCCGAUCGUAGCUUUAAGUGUCAGAUACAACUACCACCCCAUCCCUCCCCUGGGACCAGAGCCUCAGGCCGAUAUCACUACCCCAGAAAAGGAAGAAAUAUUGCUUUCUCCCAUGAGAAUACCGCGCAUGAGAAAACAGCCUCAAAUGAACUGGGCAAUAGAAGGAAAUAAUUUUGAUCGUACAUCUCUUCCGCCGGAUAAAGUGAGCGUGGAGUUGGAAGUCGGGCCGUCGAUACUGCUAGCGUAUGGAACGAUAAUAACGAGUUUCAUGAAUUUGUUAGAAAAUAUAUUCGGCGAAGAUCAGAUAUUUACGGAUAUGCAAAAAGCACCCAACGUCGGUACAUACUUUUGGUCGAACGAAAACCAAACUAAAAUAAAUGAACGAAGCAGUAUUAAUCAACAUACAGAAAUAACGAUAGACGAUACGAGUGACACUAGUAAAGCGACAUUCGAUCCGCGCCGCUGCAGGCCACUAGAGGUCACCGUAUCGAUAAUAAUUCACGACAUACAAGCCCAUUUAGUGAAGAACUGUAGUGAAAAUGAGCCACCGUGCCCCGUAGUGUUAAUCGAAAGAUUCGGCUUCGAGAUGGAUAAAGGUUUCCGAGAGACCAAGCUACAACUUCUCCUAAGUCCUUCGAUACUCGUAUCAUCCAAUAGCCCCUCGCGGUCUCAUUCCAAUAAUAGCAAUAACUCCAGCGCUCUUCAACAGGGCCAUUUGAUGCUCUCUUCAUUCCAACUGCGAGGAAAUGGAUUCUUCAGUGACACUAAUAGAUCAGUCGAAGAUGAAACAAUAGAGUAUGCCUGGAUGAUGGAGUUGCAGCUCGGACAGCUGACCGGGCGGUUGACUUUGCCCCAAUUAUAUCAUGUUAUUUCGUCCCUAGAAACUUUUUUGCUACUUAUAUGUGACAGCGAAAACGAACUAACCCCACCGAAUACAGCAAAGCAAUGUCACCACGGCCUGAAUAAUGUUUUAUGUACCGAGAGUGAUAUGACACUGAAAUACAGAUGCCCAACUCCAAACGAAAUUAAGUAUCGAAUGAUUCGAGUAGCCAUUGAUCUCAUAGACAUUUAUAUUGCUGACGCCAACACUACAUUGCAGACUUGGUUAUCGCCUAUAAGAUUUUCGUUCUGUAAUUUGCACGGCUCAGGGUUCGGAACGGGUAUCACAGGUUUGCUUCCAAACAUCAAAUUGGCAAUGUAUACUCAGUCUAAUAUGCACACAAAUACACAUCACAACUCCAGUAGUAGCAACAAUAGUCAAAGUAAGAUUCCAGAGGAUAAAAGUGACAAUUGGGUGGGCGUCGGUUCCAUGUCACUGGGGCCUUUAUUAUUAGAAGCCGCCUCAUGUCUACCUCAAAGUCCGAAAAACCUGCACUUAGUCCAACAGAAGUUUUUAAAGUUACACGACGAUAAAUUCAAACGUUUAUGGUUCCUGUGGCCAAACGAAGGAAGAGGUGGUCAAUGCGGUUGUACAGGAGGUUGCGCAUUCUUUGGCUCUAACAGAAAUGGGCCAAACUUUUUGAAGCCCAGCCCGGCAGAUUUAAAUGAUGGAAUCAAUAUAGCCUGCUUCAAUGUCAUAGAAACAUCUCCAGGCGAAUAUGGGUAUGGGCAAAGUUUGCUACACCCCGGACAGCUAGUGUUCCAUACGCCGCCUUAUAACAGCUUGAAUGUUUGCUUGCAACCAACGAACGUAGUAACUUUGAUCCCGUCGCCGCUUCCACAAAAUCUGAACAAAUCGCCUCAGAGUACGGAACGACGAAGUCUAACACGGCGGUUUUCUUACACGAGCAUGAAUAAGGGCAGCAACAAUGUUCUGGUAUCGAGUACUAAGAGUGACGUUCCAUACGCCCGCCUCGUAGAUUCCACUGCGCCCUUGGGAAGUUCUAAAAUCGAUAGUGAUUCUAAACUGAAUAAGCCUAUAAUCAAUUUACCUCAAAUGGAAAGCAGUGUGUCGGAUUCUAAAUUGGCCCUUAGUUGUGGGGUCAAAGACAACAUACAGUUAAGGAAACCUCUACCGAGCGACAACGACACUUUCGUUGUUCCUAAGGCUCCAUCAAGAAGUGUAGCAGUUUCGGAAUCUCACUACUCUUUGAAUUCUCAUCCCCCCACCGAGGAAGCGCUGCCUCUGGAAGUGCAACGAACUAUGUCGAUUACGAGUGAAAAUCACUCGGAAGCGUUCUUCUCAGCGGACGAGGACAUGUUCCCGAGCCGGUCCUCUAGCCUAAAACAUUCCUUCAGCAGUCGUCACAGCAAAUCUAAAGAAAAAAGUGCUCUCAUCAAAAAUGACACAAAUAGUGAGAAGUGGUUGAAUUUAGCACCGCGCGUCGAUUCGAUAGAAGCCCAAGAUAACAUCAGUAAUUUAAGCGCUGGAGUGCAACCAGACUCCGAAAGUGGAUCCGUAUCGUCUUCGUCUUUCAUAUCUGCUAUUUCAUCUCAAGAAGAUAUGACCCUAGUCAAUCUACACAUGCAAACUAAUAAACCCAUCGUAGAUUCUCCUCUACUUAUGGCCAGCUACAUGCACAAUCUUCCCCAGUACAAAUGUACAAAUUGGUGUCAUUGCUCGCUGCCGACCGGAAGUGACGUAUUUACCUUACCUCUAUUUAAACGUGCGGACGACGGAUCUCUCGUUUAUGUCGGUCAAAGAUAUUUGCCAGCGUUCGAAGCGACCGGCAAGGUACCUAUACUGAAGCUGGUUUCCAAAAAAGAUGCUCACAACAACCAAAAUCAACACGGCAAUUUCUCCAACAUACCACAACAUUUUAACUCUCAAAUAAAGGCACAUCCAUAUCCACAAGCAUGGUGGGAUUUACAACAAAAUGUACAGGAUAGUCAAGAAAACGCCACCGACAAAAGUUCAGCUUCAACCGUUACUACCACGAGUGACAGUAAAAGCGGGGUAUUUGUUAAAUUACGAGGUGAAGUGGACAUAAUGCUUACUCCUUUGGUUCUGGAAAGUAUUCAAAAAUUCGUUGAAUCGCUAACCCCGGUGUUAGCGAACAUACAUCCGAUCACAGUUAUUAAUCACCUUCGAUUACUUUGUAUAUCAUCAGUGGAGUCGGCUAAUGUUUUGAAACAGAAGCAAUACGUGUUGAACUGGUUACCGCAGAUGCAAGCACGGAGUGAGUCAAGUAUCAUUGUGGAGAAAGACGAUAAAUGCAAAUUAGCAACAAUACCUCACUCCAAUAUUUACGAGGAGACUAUCUACGACCAGCUUCAAGCGACCUUGAACGUCCCAAAAGUAAACAUGAUAUUUAUCCAAUCAUCUGUGGUGGAAGAUAUGAUUUCCUUCUCCGCUCUGGACAAUAUUCAAGAUCUUACCUGUGUUUCUCUAUUUGGGGUUUCGGUCGAAAACAUAGUUGGUAAAUAUGUAUGCUCGAAGAAGACGUUGGAAUCAGUGCAGUUAUACUACAGACCGACGUUGCGAGCCCUGGGUAGUAAAAAGUCCUUUGGUAUAAUGAAAGGACCUAGAGCACUGAUUUCUGCUCAGUCCUCCGGAUCUGGAAGAAAGAGAGGGCCUGAAAAGGGUGAACCUGUGUACAUUGAAACAUCUCAACAGCAAUGUGAAGACACAACAGUGACACUAAACAUAGGAAAAGUACAUGGCCAAUUACGUCGAAUACGAAACGAAUCGUCACAACUUAAAGACGCCACUAUCACUGGAAUUCCAUGUCAGCAUUCCAAGGUAGCUUUUAAAUUCGCCAAAGUUGAAGCAUCUGGCAAAGGACACGAGUCAACGGGAGGCCAAAAUGGAUCAGGAGAAGGUCAAAAGGAGAACUCGAUCGGCUACAUCAUGCUGGAAUGCGGAAUAGAGGGCAUUUCCAUCAAGGUAUCAAAACACUCGCAAUGUCAUAAGACCAAUGAGGACAAGAAACCGGUGCGAACGGACACCGAGAGCUGCAGAGAGUCGGUAAAAUCCAUGGAGGAAAUGAAACCAGAGAAGGAGAAGUCUAAAGGUAUCCGAACGUCCGGAAUCGUCGAAGAUCUUUUCAGGAAGAAGGAAUCGAAUUCGAAGCCGAGUACUCCUAAUUUGAGUAGCACGCCGGCCCCGCCACCGCCGCCGGAACCGAGUACGCCGGGGCAGGACGAGCCGUCCAACGACAGCACGGUCGUGCCGGUCAAGGACAACGGAAACACGUCCUCCUGCUCGAUAGACUUCAAGAUCGUGUGGUUCAAUUUCGCCGCGCCUCCCCGAACACCGAUCACGAGGAAAAUUGAUUAUACUCGGUUGGACUGGAAUCUUCUGAGUACAGCGUCCCCAGCAAUCAACGCUUGGAUGAACCCGUGCAACAGGCUCGGUAUUCGUAUAGUGGCGAUGUACCGCGCGCGGGCUCGGCGACUCGCAGCCACCGCCGCUAGCCUCAUGGCUUCUGCACUUGAUAGAGCGCCCAGUCACACGCUACCGAAGAGUCGUUACGGUCGUCACACGCCGAUGGGUCGUCAGCUGCGCGAGGAGCCGUCGCUGCAGCUGUGCGGCGUGCUGCUGCGGUACGCGCUGCAGGCCGACACCGCCGCCGUGCAGGCCGACCUCGCCGACAGGCACCUGCCCUCGCUGUCUACGCUUAGACAGGGUGUUAUCGUCCUCACACGACAAUGGAAAAAUAUCCUGUACACACCGCUGCUGUUGGAGCACAACUACAAGAGCAAAGUCAUGAAACCACUUAAUGUUACAUUCGCUCUGCCGGAUCUACUUGAAGAUUCAACAGAAGGGUGGCAAGAAUAUCAAUUUGAUAACGAGGGACUUGAUGAAAAUUGUCUUCUUCUAAACAUGGAUAUUGACAAGUUAACGUCCCUGCCAGUGCACGCAGCGGCGAGCGUGCGCCCGCAUUCGUAUCCGUCGACCCCGCCCUCUGUACGAGCUGCGCAGAGCAGCCGCGCGAGCCUCGUGUUCCCAUCACUGCCAUUCUCCACACGGAAGACUCCAUUCCAAGACGACGCUAUUGCUAACUAUGGAACGUUGAAGGAGGACCUACCAACAGUUGGGUCUAACCCAUCUCUGUACUCACAAGGUAGCACCGACAAUGUCACCCACGAUCGCGCCAGAGAGGAUCUAUACCAAUGGAUGGCUAAACAGGAGCCUAUUAAAGUUGAGUCGAAAAGCAAGAAGUCAGUGAUGCCCCCGUCGAAGAUGAACCCUCGGCCAAUCACGACGAUGCCGGCGUGCAGCCUGUACCCGGUGCAGGGCUCGCUCAUGCUGCUCGACGCCCACCUCGUGUUCCAGCCCUUCCUGUCAGCUCUAGGCGUGUCGCCGCAUCAGGUCGCACAUGGCGAGUCUAAACACACCGGGUCCGGCGAGGGCGGAGGUGCGAGCUCCGGUCUGGACUCGCUCGGCUCCAAGCUGCUGCUGCUGGCCUCCGUCGACACCUUCCGCAUCGAUAUAGUGGUCGGCGAGCUGUCCCGGGACCGACGACAUAAAGCUACUCCGGCUCAUGCGGAUAUUCCAUCCGAAACACCAGCAUUCCUCUGCGAAAAGAUCUCUUUAGAUGUUGAUAUAAAGAAAGUUGCCGAUAUGUCUGUAGACGACCUCAUACAACGACAGAACGUACUCUAUAUCUCGAGGGGCCAACUCAAGAAGCACAUUAGUACCAGACUCAAUUUCAAUGUCAGCAUACGAUUUAUAUCUCAACAGGUAAAUAUGCCACUACUGCGAUUACUACAUCAAAUAAGCAAUAUGUAUCAAAACGUGAAGGACACACAAAUCGAACUGAGGACACAGACGAACGGGUCGAGGCGACACGAUAAACAUUCUUCAGUUUCAGAUUUCCAAGAAAACGUUGUCAGCAUUUCAUCGUUAGACAAGGACAGCCAAUAUGCAGUAAUCGACCAGAAGUGGGACUUACCCGCCACUCUGGUGCCAGACUUAAACACAUCCGUCGGCACUGACAAAGAAGUAACCACGCCUCCUCGCCCGAGACCACAGUCGUUCGCCCAAAAACUAAGAUCUACGGGGAAAAGCGUCAAGGGACGACUUGGUUACAGUUCGCUCAGCGAGGGCGCGCACACACCGCUAUAUGCCGCGAGCGCGGGCGUGACCGGGGGCGGAGUUAGCGCGGGGGCGGGGGUGCCCCGCUCGAGUGCCAGUAGUGUGCCGCCCCCGGGACACCUGGCGCCGCGCUGCUGGCGUACGCUAUACCACCUGCUAGAUCUGUACGCCAAUAUGCCGGACGCUGACACUAUUACGCACAGGUUUUCCGUUUCGACGGAAUUGCCAGAGGCAUACCGCGGCCGUGCACGGCCGAGCUCACGUGAACAGAACGCCAGCAACUCAUCAUCUAGCGGCUCGGGCAUGGGCAUUGUGGUCGUCGGCCAUGCCAAGAUUCAUCGUACGCGUCUAUUGGCGUCACUGUCUGGUCUGAAGUUGGAAGCGGAGAUAACUUCACUGCAGUGUUCGCUGUCAGCGGCGCGGGCGCGCCACAGUUCCCUCACCGGCAACCUCGGACGAGCCGCCAUCGUGCUUUUGGAGGGACCAGCGCACGCACAUCAAACUGUGGUGCGAGCGAGUGUCGGUAAAACACAAGCCCUAUACUCCUGGGAGGGUGGACGUAUGGGCGCCGCGCUAUUGGCCGCUAUCGGUGGCGUACGCAUUGACUUGCCACAACAUCCCGUCGCGCUCCACGGUGUCAUGACGCGAUCCUCUCGGCAGCUGUCAUCGACGCUGCAGGAAUUGGGCGUAACACGUACUUCCUCGCGUAUGUCCCGCGCGGGUGCGACUGCGGCGCCGGUGGAGGAGGAGGAGCGAGCGUCCCCGCCCCCCACGCGCCGCGCCCCGCCCCCGAGACCCGAUCCACUCAUACAGCCACUGCAACUGCAGUUCUCCGUCAUGUUGCAAAGUCUAAGCAUCACGGCGGCUCUACUGCCGUCGCUUCAGGCGCAGUACAAGAUGGAGCGCGUGCACAGUGCGGGCGUGACGGCGGCGCGCGCUCACUUCACCGUCGACCUGCCGCACCACUCGCUCAGCUUCGUCACGAAACUGCAGGUGACGGAGGCGAACAUUCCCGCUGCGGCGUCGGUAUCACUGCCGGCCGUGUCCUGCCGCGCCCGCGUGUUGGACUGUGAGCCGGGUGCGCCGCCGCCGCAACCAGAUUCCGCAGCUCCAGAAGGCGUAGUUUUGCGUGCGGGACGCUACCUUUCAGCCACCGCUGAUAUCGGUCUAUUCGAACACACGCUCUCUACUGAUCUACUCAACCAUCUUGUAUUCGUGCAAAAGGUUUUCAUGAAGGAAGUAAAUGAAGUAGUCCAAAAAGUAUACGGCGGCGAAAAGCCUGUGCCUCUCUGGAAUGAAGACGACACGUCGUCGUCUGCUUUUAGCAGAAUACUCUUCUCACUUCUUAUAAGGAUAAAGCGCAUCCAGCUGACAGCGACGACGCCCAGCAACUCGGCGGUGCGGCUGGAGACGGGCGCGGUGGAGCUGGAGCUGUCCAACCGCGUGCAGAACGUGCCGCAGCCCGCCGGCCCGCACCAGCUGCGCUUGUUUGCGCGCGCGCAGGUGGAAUUGAACCUAAGUCUCGGUCAACUAAUCCGAAACGCCAUGUUCGAGGAAGCAGAACCAGAAUUCCAACAGUACGCAUUCUUCAACACUCGAAUAUCAAUGCGAAAUGCAUUCCAAGACGAGAUAGUUUGCGACGAAGACAAGGAAGUGGUUCUUAUAACCCUAAAACGACCACUCAUUUACAUCCAACCCAUCGCCGUUGAUAAGGCGAUCCUUGUGUGGCUAAACUACAAAAAUGCUUACGAGUACUGGAACGAGAAACGAUUGAACUUGAACACAGAAGUAUUGACUGCAACACAACAAGUUUUUGAGAAGGUGCAACUGACGUCACAAAUGUCCACGCCGCAUCUCAGUACGUUAUUUCUCCAACUGAAUGUAGACGACAUCGGCAUUUGCCUGCCUCUGAAUCAACCACCCAUGAGUACCUGGGGUCGCGGUAUGUACGAGCCGGACUCGCGCGGCGCAGUCGUAGUUACACUCGAGAGCACCAGCAUAUCCGCCUGCAGCUCCGGCUCGCUCGUCAGCAAGGGCCGCUUCGUGGGCCUCUGUCUCCGCUUCGCUGACGACUUCGAAGCCUCGCUCGACGAUUGGAAGCCGGACCCCGGCGAAGCGUGCAUCAACGUGUGCUGCGUGUCCGAGGGCACGUACGAAGUGUGCAGUCGUACUACGGCUGCUAAACAGAAUGAAAACGCAAAAUGGUUCCUAAAUGUGUCGUGGCAGAUGGAGGGCGUAGACAUUCACUUGGACGUAAACGUUGGCAAACAACUGUCGGCCCUGGGACAUACGCUAACUAUGCUGACAGGUUUUGAGGAAGAAGACACAUUAAAAAUGGACUACGAAAGCGAUCUAGACGAUGAGGCCGAUACAAGUAAAGAUUCUCAGGAGAGCAUAGUCUUCCGCCGGAAGUACACGGAGCAGCUGCCGGCGUUCAUGUUCGACAGUACGCUGGACGCACGCCAGCGGUCGCAGCUUAUAGAGAAGGAGAUGCGAGAGCAGGCGCGCAUCAUCAGCGAUCUACGUUCAUUGGGUGCGAGCCACGCGACAGUACAGCACGAGCUGCGACGCAUGAGAGACUUAGAGGCGCUCGUGUAUAAGGACUUCCGCAGGGACAUGAUCCAGAAACUUCGGCGGCAGAGCGUGCGUGCGUCGUCCAUCACCAAAGGCAAGCUCGGUCUCGGCUCCAACCGCAGCCAGUCGUUCGCGACGCCGCCCGAGCUGGACGCACCCUACACGUACUCCACGUACGCGCCCUACACGCCGCCCGAAAGGGACUCGUUUGAUCCUAGUAUAAUGGUGUCGGAGCCACUGCCAAAUUUACUGGCGACGGGCACCGCGGGGGACUCCGGUGAAACGCUGCUGCUGGCCGACGACGAACGGCGCCUCGCUGACAUUAUCGAGAACAGCUCCUGGAGCUCCAUGGAGAGCGAGCCUCUUACUGGUGGAGGACCGUCGCGUUCGGCGUCGCUGCGCGGUCCGCGCGGAGGCAGCGGCGUGCAGCGACAGAGCUCGCUGCCCGCGCCCUGGCCGCCGCUCGCGCCCAGACGACAUGAAAACGGUACACCCAAUGACACUCAACCAACAUCGGAGGGUAAACAGAAUAAAGCCAAAACCGCGGAACCGAACAUCGACUUCGAGUUGGACGUAAAGGUGCACAUUAAUAGCGGUAAAUGUGUGCUGCACACCAAAGAUCCCGUCAGAGACGACGACAUAAAGAUUAGCGGCAGCGUAAGCAGUGGCGGUGGUAGUCGCGGGCGAGUGGGCCGCUCGGCGUCGGGCGGACUGGGGGCGGCGCCGAGACCGCGCCUACCACCGCCCCCUGAUGUCACCGUGUUCCGCGUGCCCGGCCUGCAGCUUAAAGUACACUAUGAAUCCAAAACCGUACCAGACGAAUCAAUAUCACCACAACCCAUGCCGAAUCUUAGUCUCAAUACCGGAACUAGAAAAGUUACCAAGAAAGCUGCACUGUUCGCAUGGAUCACAUUGGAAAGUAUACCAGAGGAGACUAUCAUCAGUCCACACAUUUUGGAUUUCUUGGAGCAGACGUUAGAACCGAUACCGACCAAAGCUUCCUUUUCUAUGCCAACUCCUGAAUCGGAAGCAGCCAGGAGCGCGCGCGACUCGGGCGUGUCAGGGGCGGAUGUAGAGGGCGGGGAGGGGGGCGGUACGGGCGAGUACGGGCAAUACGUAUACGCGUCGUUCCCCGUCGACGUGAUAGUACACUUCCAUACGCGCCCCUCCGCUUUCCGGUUCAGCUGUCUACCCGCGUCUCGAGUUGAAUGCCUGCUGCAGCUGCCUAGCUUGCAGAUCGUGUUUAGCUCCAAACGAGCUGGGGAUGAGGAAAUGGCGGAGCCGGCUAUAGCAAUGGGAGGCUUGAGUGUGACGGGAUGUCUUGCCGACUUCUCAGUGUACAUCUUCCAUCCGUACGGCGGCAAAAAGUCCAGCCUAAAAGAGGCGCAGUGGUCGCCACUAUCUGACACCGAACGUAAAGACUCGCUCAGUAUAAACGUAGAGUUCGUCAAAUUCCAUCUGUCACGAUUCAGAAAGUUGGACUUCCAGACCGACCAAGAUCAAUCGAAGGCUACCGUGAGAUUCUCAACGAUCGUGGACGUGGGUACGGCGUCGUUCAAGUACGACAUGCGGCGGCUGAGCGAGAUCCUGGCGUUCCCGAAGGCGUGGUAUCGCCGCAACAUCGUGCGACGCCUUUUCCUCGGCGACGUCGGCCUGGACCCGCCCACGCACGCAUCGCAUACGUCACAUGCGUCGCACCAGCCUAGGGAGAGCACUUCAACAGUUUCACCAGUACUGCCACAGCGAGAAAAAACGAAAACCGAUACACAGAAAUCAAAAGAAAACAAAAGCGGAGGCGCUGCGUGGGAGACGCUUGUACUCGUUGCCGUCAACUUCGCGCGCUUUAAUGUGCAUAUGAACAUGGGCAACGUCAUGGGAAAUGUCAGCUGGCAGUCGACUUCUCUAGGAGCAUGCGGCCGACUUAGUGUAGGCAGUGCUCGCGGACGGCGCCUAGGCGCACGAGUAUCUUUAGGUGGCGCGGCGUUGGACGCGCGCGGCGGUAUAGUGGGCGGGGCGAUCACGUUGGGAGGCGGCGCGGCGCAUGCGCACGCUCACCACGCCGCACCCGCGCCCGCACACGCCGCGGCGCUGCGUCUUGCUGCGUUGGAACUGCGUCUUGAGUACAUGGGUGCACCAGCGCUGCUAGCCCGGCUGUCGCGACUUCGCGCCUCUGCCCGUGAUCUCUGGCAGCCGAGACGGACGCGCGCUACCGGCAGCCGUCCGGCCACCAUCCUAACGCACGGCACGCUGAGCUGGCAGCAGCUGCAGAUCCUCAUGAGCCGCAGCACGACGCCCGACUUGCUCAAGAUGCAGCUCAAACUCGAGGAGUUCUUCACGCAGCAGUUCAAGUCCAGCAAGCGCGUCUUCAGCUCUCUACAUUCCAGUUAUCCUACCAUCCGACGUGAUAGGAAAGAACCGCCGGUCGCGGGCGGCGAGCCGGCGGCCGCAGAGCUCCGUCACCACCGCCACUGGCAGAAGGUGCUGCAGUACAUAGCGCAGCUGCAGCUCGCCGACCCCGCCAUGCCGCUCCCAGACCACGGCACAGUUCUGGGCGGUACGAUGGAGCUGCACGGAGCCAACAUCUCGCUAGCGUGCUUCCACGGCAACAGCCUCAAGGCCAAGUCGUGGGCGCUCUUCAGCCUCAAAGAUCCCUGCUUCAGUUUCUCCACAGAAGCGCAGCAGUUGGAGAACGAAGAAGGUGAGCUGGAAGUCCACGCGGUGCAAUCACUAACCGCGUCACUGGGUGGGGCGGGUGGCGGGCAGGGGGCGGGGCCGCCGGCGGCUGCGGGCGCGCACCAGUCCCUAGCGACCGUGUGCCGCAUGACGCGCUCCGUGCUCUUCCCGCCGCAGUUCAAGACGCUGCGAGAGUGGUUCCUGUACGCGUUCGCUGAUAGCGAGAUUGAUGCGAUCGAGGCGUUCCCGUCGAUGGAGGGCAGCGGUUCGGGUGCGGGCGGGUCCGGCGGGGCGGGGCCGGUGGCGAAGGCGAGCGAGCGUCACGUGCGCGAGGUGAUAUUCGCGUUGCCGGCGCUGCAGCUGCAUCUACGUACGCGGCACAGACAGGGCCCGAAACCGCCCACUGAGAAAGACGAGAAGCCGGUAGUGGAGUGCAGCUUCAUCACGGAAUUCGAGGACCACAUCUUCGUGUCGGUGGACGCGGAGGCGUUCCUGUUCUUGCACGAUCUCAUCUCCAGCUACAUCAAGGAGAAGGAGCGAUUUAUGCCGGGCAGUCGCAGCUCGGGCGGCGAGCCGGCCGCGCCGCCGCAGGACUACCGCGACUACCGCUGUCUCACCUGGCAUCUCGAGCCCACAGUCAGGUUGCUGUCCUGGGCGGGCAAGUCCAUCGAGCCGUACGGCGUGGACUAUAUCCUGCAGAAGCUGGGCUUCAGCCACGCCCGCACCACCAUACCCAAGUGGCUGCAGCGCGGCGCCCUCGACGCGCUCGACAGUCUACUAGCGCUGCUGCUUGCCAGGCUAACGCGUCUACUGCCUGAAGAGUAGCAUGUGGAACAGAGAUAGCAACAGUAAAUAUAGCUGUCUCGCCUCCUCAUAAUUGUAUAGUUUGACAGGACUCAGAAUACUGUUUAGACCACCAUAGCCAAAGUGGCGGGAACGCGCUAACGACACGUUCGACAGGCUCACACGCCUAUUGCCCAAUUAGUGAGUACGAGAGAGAUAGCGAUAUAGCUGUCCCGCCUAAUAAUUACCUUUGUCACUAUUAUAGUUCAUGGGCGUACCCAGGAUUUUAGCUGGGGGGGCAGCAUACCUGUUUCGAGAAGAUGAUCGGUUUGAUAUAUUGAUCUUUUAUUAAUCUUACUGAAAA